GGUAUCUAGAGAUUGCUUACAAUAUUGCUCGAACUCAGGUGUCUUUGGGAAGGAUUGGGGGAAAAGGACCGCUUGUCUGGCCGAACCCAAUGAGAACAAUUAUCUAGUAGGUCAAACUCAUUGUAACAAAUGUAUAACUUUUCUAUUAUCAUAAUGAGAACAACUACCAACAACAACAAUGAAAAUAGAAAAACAAAAUGAUGAUGUAUGAGAUGGAUGAGACUCCAACAAUAACAAAAGAAUAAAAAUAAAAAUAAAAAUAAAACUCAAAGAAAAGAAUAAGAAAAAGGAAGAUGAGGUUGGAAUGGGGUUUGGAAAAGUUGCUAAAAAGGAGGUCAAUUCAUACUCAUUGUCUAAUAGGAAAUCCACCAACCUUUGGCUAAAAAACAAAAUUCACAUGGUUCAUGGACAGCAACAGUCCGAACUAUAACACAUCAUCAUCAACUGAAGCUUCAUUUUCCACUAGACUUACUCAUUGUCCACCACUAUCUUACCAGCCCUUAACUGGCAUGCCCAAAAAGCGAAAAUCCCUUCCUUGGCCUCCAAGUCAUUUGCUUUCAUAAAAGUCCAUGUAAUAUUGUUGCUCUACCUAAAUGCUUCUCCUAUGGGCACCAAAAUGCUAAACAUGUCAGCCCCCAAUCUGGAAAGUGAAUGCAAAGAGAUUCAUGAUUCUUGGGGACAGCUAAACCAAUUGGCUCUGGCUUUGGCUGGCCGAACCCGCCUUGAAAGGCAACAGAUUAGAGAAACUUACAAGGCAAUUUAUGGAGAGGACUUGGCAAACAGACUCCAAAAGGCAGAUCAAAUGGCUGACAACAGAAAACAGGCAGCUGCUGGUGUUGGGGUUUCACCAAAAUUAUGUGCAGCCUUGUCCAUGUGGAUGAUAGAGCAGCAUGAACGCGAUGCAAUUGUGGUCCGGGAGGCCCUUGAUGAUCAGCAAGGUGACACAAACUAUGGCGCUCUUGUAGAGAUUUUUGUUGGUCGAAAAUCAAGUCAAAUCCUUCUCAUCAAACAAGCAUAUCAGAGAAGAUUUAGGAGGCAGUUGGACCAAGAUAUCAUCCAUAUUGAGCCUCCCCAUCCUUACCAAAAGAUACUGGUGGCAUUGGUUGCAUCCCACAAGGCACACCAAACAGAUAUUAGCCAACAUAUUGCCAAGUCGGAUGCACGGAGGCUCUACGAAACAGGGGAGGGGAAUUCAGGGCCCAUAGAAGCUGUUGUACUAGAAAUACUAAGCAAACGGAGCAUUCCACAGCUUAAACUCACAUUUUCUUGCUAUAAACACAUUUAUGGGCAUGAGUAUACAGAGUACCUGAAGACCAGAAACUCUGGAGAAUUUGAAAACGCAAUGAAAACAGUCGUCCAAUGCAUCUACAGACCAGCUACCUAUUUCGCUACGAUAUUGUAUGCAAGCAUCAAGGGGUCCAUGACCGAUAAAGGCGCGUUGGCACGUGUGAUGGUGAACAGGGCUGAAGUAGACAUGGAUGAAAUUCAAAGGGAGUUUAAGAGGCAGCAUGGGAUUGAACUCAGAGAUGCAUUAUGUGACAGUGACAAAAUCCCACCUGGGGAUUACAGAGACUUUCUUGUUGCCUUGACGGCCUCCAAAUGAACUGCCACCACAGGCUAAACCUAUUAAAAUAUAUUAUAUAUAAUCAUCGCUUGAUUAUGUUUUCAACAACUUGAAUUUGUUUAUUGAUCGAAUAUACUCAUUUCUCUUUUCAUUUUUCAUAUUAAUUAAUGUACAUUUUAUACUUUAACUAGCUUGCACAAACACUCCGUCCCUAAUUCCUAGUAUUACUCUUCUGAAAUUUACGAAAUUGAUAUUGUCAUAUAAUAUAAGAAGUGCAUAUACUGUUGUUGUCUGCUAGAUUAGUACCUUGGCUGAUGUGUUCAUGAGGUAUUAGCAUAUCUUGAGGACAAAGAAAUUAUUCCCUCCCUCAAUGUAUGCACCAAGAACAAAACUCCGGGAGAAGUAAACAAAAAAGGGAUUUAUUCUCUUUCAAAAGGAAAACUCCGGGACAAAGUAUUAGCUUCUAAAUGCCCUUUUCAUCAUGUAUAAGAUAAGGAAAGAGAGGCCCUCAUUUGGCCAAGAAACUUGAUAACAUUUUCUUUACUUGAAACCUUAAAAAGAAAACAAAGAAAGCAUAAAAUCUCCAAUGGAAACCAAGCUUGCAGCAAACGAUGAGCAGUGUUACGAGGUCUUUGAACCGUUUUGCCAGUGGAAGAAAGAGGAAGGACUUGACAUUCUUAAAGUUCAUCUACCAGGUUUCAAAAGGCAAGAUGUCAGAGUUCAAAUCAACAACAAGGGCAUCCUAACCAUUAGUGGAAAGCAAUCUAUGGAAGAAGAAACUGCAUCUCCACCCAGCCGCUUCCUCAAAGAGAUCAAAAUUUCUACAAAUUGUAAUACGAGUGGAAUCCGUGCUAAGUUUUCGAAUGGAAUUCUUUCCAUAUCUAUGCCUAAGAAAGUGACAAACCUUUCAACACAAUUAUCAGGCAGCGGAGACAAGAUUAAGGCCGCUGAAAUUGCUACAUGGUCGUCAAUUAAUUACUAUUUACUUGGUUUAAGAAGCAAAGUUUUAAGCAAGGAGAUGGUUCUGAAGAUGGCGGGGGUCGCUCUGGGAAUGGCUCUUGGAGGUUAUGCAGUAUAUAGAUAUCCAAAGUCAGCUUGUGUCCAAAACUGAAUUAACAUACGAUGGACAUUAUUUUCAGAUCAAAUUACACUUCUUUGAUUAUUUUUCAAGUUGGCUGUUUUUAUUUAUAAAUAAUCUUUAAACCAUUGCAAUUAUGGUCACAACAAAGCAGAAUUUCCAUCAGAUGAAGUUUCCA